AUGUCCGCCAUUCAGCUGGCUAAGCAGGCCUACACCGCCUUCAACCGCGAGAAGCCCCACUCAUCUAUUACGGAGUGGGUUGAAAUUCUGACAUCACCAGGCUACGCAGAUGAAGCCUAUGACGGUAUCCCUGAGCUUGUUGACGCGAUAAGCAUACAAGCCACCGGUCCGGCGGAAGCAUCAAGAGCAAUACGGAAGAAACUCAAACAUGGCAAUCCACACCAGCAAUACCGCGCCCUUGUCAUCCUACGCGCACUCGUGGAGAAUGGAGGGCACAACUUCCAGACCUCCUUCGCCGACUCGCAGCUGACAGACGCUAUCAAGAUGCUCGCCUCCGACGGGAGUACCGACCCCAAGGUGAAGAAGAAGCUCGUCGCCGUCCUGACUGCGUGGUACACGCAGUUCAAGGACGACCCGUCCAUGACACUCGUCGCGAACCUGUACAAGUCGUGUGGCCUCGGCCACACCGGUGGGCACCGCCCCACCCGUUCGUCCGUGCAGUAUGAUGCGGAGGAGCUGCGCCGGCUGGAGGAGCGGGAACGGGAGAAGGAGAAAGAGCGCGAGGAGCGCGAGGCGGAGCGGCGGAGGAAGGAGGACGAGAAGCGUAAGACGAAGGAGGAGAAAGAGAAGAGGAAGCGGGAGGAGGAGGGUAAGAGGAAGGCAGCGCGCAAUGGGAAGGUCCAGAGGAAGCCUUUCGACUUUGAGCAGGAGAAGCCUCAGAUUUUGACGGCCAUCGCCAACGCCUCGCAAGCCUCUAUAAACCUCGUGAAUGCUAUAACUCUCGUCAACACUGAGCAGGAUAGCCUUCAAACGAAUGUCCGCGUACAGGAGUGUCUUGACAAGGCGAAGUUCGCGAGGAAACAGAUCGUCCGAUAUAUUCAGCUCGUGGAAAACGAAGACAUGAUCGGCACGCUGAUUGAAGCCAACGACCGUAUCAUCGCCGCCAUUGAAACUUACGACACACUCUCACGACCUAACAUCACCGAGCAAGACGUGCAGCACGUUCAAGAGGGCCUCGCCGCCGUCAAGAUCCAAGAUUCCGAGCUUUCGAGACUGCAAGAGAAGCAGCGCGCAGCAGUCCAGCGAUCCUUGGGCCGCGCCGGCGGCAUUAGCCAGCUAGCUGCAGGUAAAGGGCGAGAUCAAGACGGGGAGGCAGGGCACGCCUACGUGCACCCAGAUCUACAGGAACUGAGCUUCGGCUCGCUAGGAAUGGAGAAGAGCAGGCUGCCUCCACCGCUCCGACCAUCGUCCGCCCGCCGCACGUCUUCGGACGAGGGCGCAGCGUACCGCCGGGGAUCUCUCUCAGACUUCAGUGACUACGAGUCGUCAGACGAGGGAACGUACAAUCGCGCGUCGACCAGCUCGCGCGGUCGCGCACACACUGGAUCGGAUGAGGAGGUCGGUGUUCAUCACGACACUCACAAGGGCCUAGUUGCCGAAGAGGAGGAUCCGUUUGCCGAUCCCUUCACUGACCCUUGA